UCCAUCUCCAUCUCCCUCUCGACCUCGAUCUCGAUCUCCAUGGAAGCCACCACCUGCACAGCCGCCUUUAGAGGCGUCCGUAAGCGUAAAUGGGGCAAAUGGGUUUCCGAGAUUCGCGAGCCGGGAAAAAAGACCAGAAUCUGGCUCGGCAGCUAUGACACCCCAGAGAUGGCUGCUGCAGCCUACGACGUUGCUGCCCUCCACCUCCGCGGCCCCGACGCCCGCCUCAACUUCCCUGACCUCGUCGACGCCCUCCCGAGGCCCGCCAGCUCCAAUCCCGAAGACAUUCAGACCGCUGCCCAGCUCGCCGCAUUGUACCUCAAGAGGACCCCCGACGCCGCAGGAGCAUGCUCCGCCGUUAGCGUCGGGGCCGCGCCGAUUCGGGUGGGGCUGUCGCCGAGCCAAAUUCAGGCCAUCAAUGACUCGCCGUUGGAUUCUCCGACCAUGUGGAUGCAGAUGGCUGAGGCGCUUAGUUCGGAGGAAGACUCCAUUUUUUUAUAUGAUCAUUUUGAUGAACAGUGGGAAGACGUGCGCCAUCAAUCCAUUUGGGAUUCUUAACUCUUCAUUAUUUACGCCUUCUUUUUUCGGCUAAAUUAUUAACCAAAUUUAUAUGAUAAUUAAUACAUUCGACUCUUAA